AUGCAUCUGCCACCCCCACAACAUCAACUUCAACAUCAACACCAACACCAGCAUCAACUUCAACACCAGCAUCAACACGUCCUACCUCAACAGCAGACACAGUUGCAGCCGAGUUCCGACUUCCAGUACGAGGAGCUGGGAAGUGCCAAGGGUUUCCGAGGCACCAAAACCGGCAGACAGUAUGAGUUGAUCGUCGACCAACAGCCCAUCAGGGCCCGAAUGUGUGGUUUUGGCGACAAGGAUCGCCGGCCUAUCACACCCCCGCCAUGUGUGCGUCUGGUUGUAACCAACUCCCAAACAGGAAGGGAGGUUGAUUGUGAUGAAGUCCAUAGUGCAUUCUUCGUUCUCAUGGUUGACCUUUGGAACGAAGAGGCUGCGCGCCCCGUCAACCUGGUUCGUCAUAGCAACGCUGCUCCCACCGUAUCGAUAUCUAGUAGCACUACCACUUCAUAUCCACCUACGCCGGACCGUCCUAUGUACAUAGGCUUGCCUUCGGGGAUACAAGUCAACAACUAUGGACACCCGGUGCCAUCACAGACACAAGCGACCCAGUACGUCACCGGUCCGGGGGGGCCGUCAAACUUCUAUUCUCCUACUACAGGCGCACCCAGUUAUGUUCCACAGUAUGGAGUAGCCGGCUAUGGUUCAAAUGCUCUGCCAGUUAUGCCAACUCAGAUAUCGCUGCCAGUCACGCCGAUCAACCAGAACCACACUCGCAAUCUCAUUGGUUCCAAUUCCGUCAACGCCCAGCGCUUGAAUGAUCUAGAUGGCAAGCCGGGCUUCUGGUUUGUCCUCCAGGAUCUGUCGGUGCGGACCGAAGGGCAUUUUAGGCUCAAGUUCAGCAUCGUCGACGUUGGCACUGACCAGGGUAACUGCUCUGUAAUCAACACUGGCAAAUGCCCUGUGCUCGCCUCUUGCUUCUCUGCCCCUUUUACCGUGUACUCCGCCAAAAAGUUCCCCGGCGUCAUCGAGAGCACAUCGCUCAGCAAGUGCUUUGCGGCUCAGGGCAUCAAGAUACCCAUCCGCAAAGACGGACCCAAGACCCUGAGCAACCAGGAUGAGUUUGAGAAUGAUGAUUAG